AUGGAUGAGUCAGUGUUGGAUCAUUACUUUGACUCUUUUGAAAACGUGAGUAAGAAAUGUGAUGGUUCCAGCUUUGAGAUCCAAAACCCUCCCCAGCAUGAACCUGGCCCCGAAAAGCCGGGUGACGAGCUGGACCUCAGCUUCCUGCCCGAUGAGCUGGGCACUCAGGACGAACCAAGUUACGAUGGUGUCCAAUCCGAGACAGGUACUGUCACAGCUCUGGAUGUUUCCCAGGACAGCGGCCUCUGUUCAGACUACAACACUCAGGACUCCUUAACUACUACAGAUGAUCCCCAACAGGCUGGAUCCAAGUCUGGGAUGGGGACCGGGGCCUCACCCUUCUGUCCUAUGACCCCAAUGACCCCCAUGACGCCAAUGACACCUGUGACAGAGAGAUCAGGAAUCAUCCCCCAAUUACAGAACAUCGUCUCCACUGUGAACCUGGGAUGUCCCCUGGAUCUGAAGUUCAUUGCCCUGCAAGCCAGAAAUGCGGAGUACAACCCAAAGCGCUUUGCAGCGGUCAUCAUGAGAAUCCGCGAGCCGCGAACAACGGCGCUGAUUUUCAGCUCAGGGAAGAUGGUCUGCACAGGAGCUAAGAGCGAGGAGCAGUCCAGGCUGGCUGCGAGGAAAUACGCUCGAGUGGUACAAAAGCUCGGCUUUCCGGCUCGCUUCAUGGACUUUAAGAUCCAGAACAUGGUGGCCAGCUGCGACGUCUGUUUCCCCAUCCGCCUGGAGGGACUGGUCCUGACCCAUCAACAGUUCAGCAGUUACGAACCAGAGCUGUUUCCAGGCCUCAUCUACCGGAUGGUGAAACCUCGAAUUGUCCUGCUCGUCUUCGUUUCUGGGAAGGUGGUUCUGACCGGAGCUAAAGAGCGAGGUGAGAUCUAUGAAGCCUUUGAGAACAUUUAUCCGAUCCUGAAAGGCUUCAGGAAGCAGUGA